CCGGCUGCGCCCCGAGCGAGCCCCAUGCCCGGCGCGGACUGACGGGCCGGAGCCCGCACGGAGCGACCGGGCGGGACAGGUCCCGCUUAGAGCGACAUGAUGGUGGAAUCUGCCUCGGAGACAAUCAGGUCGGCACCAUCCGGUCAGAACGGUGUGGGCAGCCUCUCUGGGCAGGCUGAUGGUGGUGGCAGCACGGGGGCUGGGACCACAGGGACGGCUGGAGGCAGCACGGGCAGGGACGCAGCCCCUGGCAGCGGAGACAGCAAUGGUGAGAUGAGCCCAGCGGAACUGCUGCACUUCCAACAGCAACAGGCUCUCCAGGUGGCCCGGCAGUUCCUGCUGCAGCAGGCCUCAGGCCUGGGCUCCCCGGGCAGCAACGACAGCAAGCAGUCCGCCUCUGCCAUGCAGGUGCCCGUGUCAGUGGCCAUGAUGUCACCACAGAUGCUCACCCCCCAGCAGAUGCAGCAGAUCCUGUCGCCCCCGCAGUUGCAGGCCCUGCUCCAGCAGCAGCAGGCACUCAUGCUGCAGCAGCUGCAAGAGUAUUAUAAGAAGCAGCAAGAGCAGCUCCAUCUACAACUCCUCACCCAGCAGCAGGCUGGGAAACAGCAACCCAAAGAGGCACUGGGGAACAAGCAGCUGGCCUUCCAGCAGCAGCUCCUGCAAAUGCAACAGCUGCAGCAACAGCACCUGCUCAACCUGCAGAGGCAGGGGCUGGUUAGCCUGCAGCCCAGCCAGGCUUCCGGGCCCCUGCAGACCCUCCCGCAAGCAGCUGUGUGCCCAUCGGACCUGCCCCAGCUGUGGAAGGGCGAGGGUGCCUCUGGGCAGCCUGCCGAGGACAGCGUCAAGCAGGAGGGGCUGGAUCUCACUGGCACGGCCGCCACCACUACCUCGUUCGCCGCCCCACCCAAGGUCUCACCUCCCCUCUCCCACCACACCCUGCCUAACGGACAGCCCACUGUGCUUGCGCCCCGGAGAGACAGCUCCUCCCACGAGGAGACCCCUGGCUCCCACCCCCUCUAUGGACACGGAGAGUGCAAGUGGCCAGGCUGUGAGACCCUGUGUGAAGAUCUGGGCCAGUUUAUCAAACACCUCAACACCGAGCACGCCCUGGACGACCGGAGCACGGCCCAGUGCAGGGUUCAGAUGCAGGUGGUGCAGCAGCUGGAGAUCCAGCUUGCCAAGGAGAGUGAGCGGCUACAGGCCAUGAUGGCCCAUUUGCACAUGCGGCCCUCGGAACCCAAGGCCUUCAGCCAGCCGCUGAACCCGGUCCCUGGCUCCUCGUUCUCCAAGGUGACCGUCUCUGCAACAGACUCCUUCCCUGAUGGUCUUGUGCACCCCCCGACCUCAGCCGCCGCCCCUGUUACCCCCCUACGACCUCCAGGCCUGGGUUCUGCUUCCCUGCACAGCGGGGGCCCUGCCCGCCGGAGAAGCAGCGACAAGUUCUGCUCCCCCAUCUCCUCAGAGCUGGCCCAGAAUCACGAGUUCUAUAAGAAUGCUGACGUCAGGCCACCUUUCACCUAUGCUUCCCUCAUCCGCCAGGCCAUUCUGGAAACCCCCGACAGGCAGCUGACCCUGAACGAGAUCUACAACUGGUUCACCAGGAUGUUUGCCUACUUCCGCAGGAACACUGCCACCUGGAAGAAUGCUGUGCGCCACAACCUCAGCCUGCACAAGUGCUUUGUCCGUGUGGAAAACGUCAAGGGUGCUGUGUGGACCGUGGAUGAGCGAGAGUAUCAGAAGCGGAGACCGCCAAAGAUGACGGGGAGUCCCACCCUGGUGAAGAACAUGCUGUCAGGCCUCAGUUAUGGAGCACUUAAUGCCAGCUACCAGGCCGCCCUGGCCGAGAGCAGCUUCCCCCUCCUGAACAGCCCGGGUGUGCUGAACCCCGGCUCGGCCAGCAGCCUCUUGCCCCUCAGCCACGAGGACAUGGGUGCCCCGGUGGAGCCGCUGCCCAGCAAUGGCAACAGCAGUCCCCCUCGCCUCUCCCCUCCCCAGUACAGCCACCAGGUACAGGUGAAGGAGGAGCCAGCCGAGGCGGAGGAGGACAGACGGCCUGGGCCCCCCCUCGUACCUCCCAACCCCAGUCCAGUGGGGCCUCCAGAAGACAGGGACCUGGAGGAGGAGCUGCCGGGAGAGGAGCUGUCCUAAGGGCCUGUCGUCAGGCACGGGCAGGGCAGGGGUGAGACCCUUCCCACCCGGGACCCAGGCCACCCACCCCCCACUCCUCAGCCCCUCCCGAACCUCAAGGCACUUCCAGAACUGAGUUGGGGGAGAUCCCGGCCAGGGUGUGACCUGACAGAGGAACACACUUGGGACAGGCAUGACCCUGCCCAAAGCCCCCACCCCCGAGGGGACACCGAGGACACGGAGGGUCCAGAACCCCUCUCAGACCUUCCCCCACGUCUGAUCCCUGCCCCCGCCCCCAACCACCAGCAGUAGCAGGGCCCUCCUCCCCCACCAGCUCUCCCCCCAACAGGGCCCCUCAAGCGCCAUGGAGACCCGCAGGCGGGGCUAAGUCACCCUCACACCCCAGCCCCUGGCACCUGGCUCCAGCAGUGCUUUCUGGCCAGAGGCCCCCCGACUUCCCUGAUGUGUGCCCCCUUCCACCGCCUUUUCCGUACUGUGAAGAGAGAACUCUGCCCCCGGCCCUCCCAACUACUACCCCUGCCCGACCUUGCAGAGGGACAGGGUGGAGAGGGGGGAGCCAGAAGGUACGGGAGAUGGGGACUUCAGACCAGCCCUGGAAGAAAUCAACUCCAUGGCUGUUGGGGUGGGAUUAGCUGUGUGCCCUGCAGACAUCUCCCCAACUUGAGAUGGGACCCAGGCUGAGCUGGGCCACCCCCUCCUCACACCCCCACACGCUGGGCACCAAGGAGGCUCCAUGCCCAUCUUCUGCACAGAGAAACCCGUGCCAGGUGGACCAAUGCCCAGGAGGCCGGGGUUGGGGCCGGGGUUGGGGCCGGGGCAGUGCCUGGAUGGUGGGGAUGCGCCCAGGGAAAGAGGGCCAAGACCCAGCUUGGCUGCUCCAGCCUGCAGGUUCCCGGCGUCCUCCCUGUCCCCCAGUUAAACGGAUGACCAAAGACCUUUCUUAUGCCGGAAGCAAAAACCAAAACUUUCUGUUGGCUCUUUUCCUUUGUCGCCUCCCAGACUCCCCCGUCCCUGCCCAGACACCUGUCCCCCACCCCAGACAUCCCCCCACCCCUUGCCCGCCGGCUGGAAGCCCUCCCUCCACUUAAGUUAUUGUUUUAAACCAAAGUUUACAGUGUCUGUUGGUGGCAAGACCCUCUCCCUCCAUCCUUCCUCCACCUGACCCAGGGACCCUCCCCCCCCGUAGGACUCAGUAGGGGUGGAGAGGCCUUGUUCCUCUGGGCUCUUGUCCAGCUUUGGGUGGGUUGGUUAAGGAAAAAAGAGAGGGUUGGGGUACGGUGGUCCCACACGCCCUGGACUGCUUCCCGAGGGGACUCUCCAGGAACAAGUCCCCCAUUGUGCUGGGAAUGUGGAUUCCAGCAGAAAGGGCUGGAAGAGGAAGUGAGUCUCCCCAGACCCCCUAUGGGGGACCCCCGUUCCCCGACUUCAGGCUGAGACGGGGUUUAUCAGGUGCUCGGAACACCCGGCCAGGCCCCUUGACCGAGAAGGCUCCUGGACACUGCCCGAGACCCUCCCCACCCCCAUGCACCCCUCCUGAGAGGCGGGGCCUCCGCCCCACCCCGUGUACCCCCCACCUGUGUUCGUUUGACCAGCACAGAAAUAU